AAGUCAAUUUGUCCAAUUUUUUAUUCGCUAUUCCCAAACAAUCCCUUACAUCCGGCGGGCGUACCACCCAUUGAAACUCAAAACUCCGGCUUAAAUUGAGCCAAUUUCUCUCUCUCUCUCUCUCUCUCUCUCUCUCUCUCUCUCUCUCUCUCAUCCAGCCCCUCUCGGCGCCGGUCGAUUAUCUUCUUUUUCUGGCAUCGAUUCAUCUUAAUCACAAUUCUUCUUCAAUUUACCUUUUCUUCUAGAAUCUUCUUCGAUGGCGGCGGCGCCGGUGGCUAGGUUUCCGAUCCUGCCGGUGGUGAGAGUAAUCGGUGUAGCAGUCGCCGCUUUGUUAUUGAUAUGGACUUUGCAUUACAGAGGUGGAUUGUCUCUCUCACCGGAGAACAAGACUCUCCUCUUUAACGUUCAUCCUUUAUUAAUGGUGAUCGGCCUCGUGCUUCUGAAUGGAGAAGCAAUGCUGGCGUACAAGACUUUGUUGGGAACUAAGGAUUUCAAAAAAUCGGUUCAUCUUUCCCUCCAAUUCCUGGCCUUCUUUUUGAGCAUUGUCGGACUAUGGGCUGUUUGGAAGUUUCACAUACAUAGCCUCCACUCAUGGCUAGGCCUAGCCAGCCUUUUCUUGUUUGGAAUUCAGUGGGCUUGUGGAUUUGUAACUUUCUGGUAUCCGGGUGGAUCAAGAAAGAGUCGAGCUAGCUUAUUGCCAUGGCACAUAUACAUUGGCCUAUAUAUAUACGCUCUAUCUGUGAUUACAUGUGUCACUGGUUUACUAAUGAAGGCCACAUCUCUUCAAAGAAAGGAGAUAAUAACACGCUACUCGAGGGAGGCAUUUCUAAUUAAUUCUUUAGGUAUGUUGCUUGUUACUUUGGCUGGUUUUGUGAUUCUUGGGGUCGUCGCCCCUCUUUAUGGAAACAUUGAAGUUGUCAAAGGAACUACGGAGCAGGUUUAGUGAAUCCAAUUUGGAAACUUUGGUUAUAACGUUAGUGAUUAUCUAGACGUAAAUUGAGGAAAACGGAACAAAAAAAAGACGAAAUUUCUAUAUUUCGUCACGAGAAUUUUAUAAAAUCAAAUGAAAAUGAAAGUUUUACCUAUGUUUUUUUUUCCUGGUUUGGUUAAUUUUGAUCUUCCUGGGAUGUAUAACUGUGACCUACUACUGUUGACAUAAAGUGGUGAUUUUAAGUGUUUAUUUUUAAAAG